AUGAGAGUCUCAGAGAGUGUUGGUCAAAAAUUAAGGAGAGUAAAUAUUGAUUAUUCUGAUUUGGAAUUCACUGAGAAUUCUCUUGAAUAUUACUUGAAACCCUUGAAACCUAAAUUAACUUAUUACAAGCUUUUACCAAAAUAACAAUCUCCUAAGAGAGAAAUAGUUCAUACUAUCUCGUGUAGGAUCAGAUCUUAAAUCAUUGCCUAAUAAUAAACUGAACCAAUAAAUUAAAAGAGUUUACAGACUCUUACUAUUCGACCACUCAUUUCACAAAAUCCCAAUCGCACUUUUAUGUUAAAAAACAAGAAGCCUAGCAUUUAGGAGCGUUAUAAAUAGAUUAUGGUAAAAUUAAAUCAAAAAUAGGAAUAUAAUGUCGACGACCAAUUCACGGAAUUAAGAAGAUUAAUAACUCGGCAAAAGAAAUCAUCAAGUUUUGGAAGGAGAGUUAAAUUUUUAUAAUGA